AUGUUUCGGGUGGGAGUGGAUGGCGUAGAUGAAGGGAAGAAAGAGGGAUUCAAAGGAAGUGCCAAACAAUCAAGUCGUAAAAAGCGAAACAGAUUAUGGUUUUUAAUGUCGAUAAAUUGCCUGAAAAGAUUAGCAACGAAAUGCUUGGAUUACAUGACCAGAGUUGGCGUCUUUGAAAGCUACGAGGAUUUUAUGAAGAGGGUUUUAAACUUUGCUGUUGUAAACUUCCAAUAA